AUGGACGGCCGCUUGCUCGAGGCUGUCAGACACAAGGCCAGGCUGGAGGAGAUCCGCCGCCUGGUCGAGGACGAGGCUAACCCAUGCGAUCUCACAGCGACGGACAACUACGGCAAGACGGCCCUCCAGUGCGCCCUCGAGCUGCAACACGGCGAUACCUGCGCAUACCUUGCCGAAAAGAUGGUUGAAAAGGGCCGUCGUCUGCCCGUCGCGCUGCCGGCAGCCGUGGUUGACUGGGCCGGUAGGGAGCCGUGGUUCCCGAUGCUGCAACAGGCACUGGCUGACGGCGCCAGCGGGAACGGCGGGAGCUGGAGCAGGACGACCAGCUUGACGAGGGAGGGCUAUACGGCGCUGCUGGCAUGGUUGGCGGCCGCGCUGGGGCUGCCGGAGACCAUCAUGGCGCGCAUCUUGGACGAGGCUGAGUUCUGGGUGGCCUCCUCUGCGCGGCGGGAGCGAGAGCUUUAUUUCACCGAGAACGACAGGAUCAGGCCGUACGUUGAGGUCGAGUAUCCAGCGCUGCAGGGUUACCUGCGCAGGAUAGAUAUCCUUACUGUGUCUCACGAUCAAGGCUGGUGCUCGCAGGGCGUGCGCGACUCCUACGAUGGAUCGUAUACCUGGUUCGAGAUCAGAGUCCUUCGAGACGACCCAGAACAAGUCUACGAAAGCCACGAAGGCGAGGGGCUCAUGCUGCAGCCAAACGUAUGUGCCCAGCGACGGACACGGACUCACUACAACCAGAUCCGGCCACGAGAUGCAAGGCUGGCUGCUUGGAUGGCCGCCGUCGGGCCUGGGCACCGUAUUGCCGUUUUCCCGCGGGCACUCUACCAAGGCUGGAUAAACUACGUCGAAUGCAUAGAGUUGAAGCUGUGGUAUGCCCAGUGGCAUGUCUAG